AUGACAGUAGAGAAUGUGGAGAUGUUUCGAUUUCGACAGCAGGAGCCUGCGUAUACCUUUAGUUCAUCGGAUGAUCUGGCUGCUGCCGCACACCUCUCACUUUCCACCGUCAAGGAGAACGAUUAA